AUGGAAUGUGUUCAUGCUUCUGCCCUGUCCAUCAAUACUCGAGGCAUCACACGUAUCCCUACCAGGUACAGCAGCACAUACCAUAGACCAGCUAUUUGCUAUCAGGAGGUUAUUGCCCAGACCAGGGCAGAACAUUCACGACUGAGACAAAUUACCCACCCAGUCAACACGCUAUCAGUCCUAGCCAUGUCAGUCUCGGCCGCAUUUCCACACCCUAGCGUUUUCGACCUCCGCAUGCUCGUGGCUCGGCUUGUUUUAAUAAUUCACUCGUGCCUACUUGAGUCCAUUCCGCCCGAGGAUACAACAGUCCAACGAUCCUCUUGUGAAGAGUCCUUGCCCGAUACCUGGGAGAUUCCUGGAGGUACUGCCGAGCUCCACGAGCCGAACCUAGGCGCUUCUGCUGCUCGGGAGCUUUACGGGGAGACGGGUCUUAGAGUAAACGUAAUCAUGACGUGGUUGGGAACGUACAUCUAUGUCGAAACCGACCCUGUCACUGGCGAGAUUAAGCUGCGGUCCGAUGGAAAGGCCUUAAAGUGGCGGAAAUAUUCGUUCCUAGCCGAAGUCGAGGGUGGGAAGGACAGUGGACCGCCAAACGUCUUGUUGGAUCCAGAGGAGCACCAGGCCUAUGCCGACACAAAAGCCGGAAGUGGUGAGGAGCUUCGAGAAGCGCCAAACCUGAUUUAUCACGCGCGCCAAAUUGACACUCCAAGCAUCAUUCGUCGUCACAAUGCACACUCCGUCUCCACCACGUCAAACGUCAAUCUCGGUACCAAGAUGCCCCCCAGUGUCCCCCGCAAACGUCUACGGGAGGAUUCCCCGUCGAGCAGGACACCGAAGCGACGACAGGCGACCGGGAUUCAAGAAGCGACACCGCCGAGCAAUUCUCGAAAAGCGAGUCUGUACGACGACUUGGAUGCGACUGCCGGGACGAGCGCUCAGGGCGGCAAAUCGUUUCUCGAAGCCCUGGACGAGGAAAGCGAGGACAGUUCAUUGACGGAUCUAUCCGAUGCUGAAUUUGAAGAUGUUCCAAUCACCGGACGGCAACGAGCCUCUGGGCCUGCGGACGAUGACGAGGGCGACGAGGACGACGAUCCUGAAUUCGAGGAUGUGGCGCCCCCUGCAGUCUUGACAUCUCAACCCCCGGCAAUCACGGGCGAUCUAGAGCUCACUCUCCAUCGCGAUACGAGAAUAUCUCUUACGAAUCCGUUUGGCAAUAAGAAGGGCCCAUCGAAGAUUGAAAGGAAAAUCAGGAACGCCACGCACUGCGUGCAUGUCCAAUUCCUACUGUGGCACAACGCAAUACGGAACGCGUGGGUUUGCGACCCGGAAGUGCAGGCUAUCAUGAUGUCCCAUGUACCACCACGGCUCUUCGAUGAGGCUGAUAGAUGGAGGCAGGCGAGCGGACUCGAGCCGAAGAAGAACACGCCCAAGGAUCCCAAGGGAAAGCGGGCCGCUCGACAACGAACCUAUAAAUCUCAUGGUACGGAGGGCGCGAGAGACUGGGGAUCAGCCGCCGACAAGCUAGAAGAGGGCGCCGUUGACAUGAGCCACGGGGACCCAUUAUUCCGGCUUGUCAAAGCACUGGCGGCCUGGUGGAAGCAACGGUUUCGCAUUACGGCUCCUGGUCUGAGGAAAUGCGGUUACAUGUCACUGGAGCGCCUGGAUAGACUAACCAAGGCGUGGGCCAACGGAAACGACGACAUUUAUGUUCACGGAGAGCGGAUCCGGCAUCUCGAUGAGUUCCGACAGUGUGCCAUCAGUUGUUCCGGCAGUCGGGACGUUGGGUCGCAGCUAUUCACAGCACUACUAAGAGCACUAGGUAUGGAAGCGCGUAUGGUCGCAAGCCUCCAACCGCUGGGCUUCGGAUGGACAAAGGCAGAAGAGGCCGAUGCCGAGAAGGAUACGAGCACUCUAGGAGCCGUGCAGCGGAGCAAGAUGGGAGACACUGAGGUCAGUGAGUCGAUGGAAAGUGCCUACAUGAGCAGGGCAUCAACCGCACCGGGGACCCCCAUCAACCGUUCAGGCGCAGGCGCAGGCCGCAAGACGCGUGCCGCGCAAGCCUCCCGUUCCGAGGAACUAGCUCUCGAGUAUCCCGACAGUGACGAAGAUGCAAUCAUCGAUGCUGAGGUUUCUGCGAGAAAGGACGCGUCAGAAUCGAAGACAUUCGAUCGAGGUCUCGAGUUUCCGCAUUAUUGGACAGAAGUGCUUUCACCGGUGACCAAUACCUAUCUUCCGGUGGACCCUAUCGUCAAAAAAGUCGUCGCAACGAACCGGGAGCUCGUGGAAUCUCUCGAACCGCGCGGCGGGAAAGCCGACAAGGCAAAGCAGGUAAUGGCCUAUGUCGUGGGCUUCUCUCCAGACGGAACUGCAAAAGAUGUGACGGUCCGGUACCUCAAACGCAAGAUGCUACCUGGGAGGACGAAGGGCAUGAGGAUGCCCGUUGAGAAAGUGCCAGUUUACAACCGGCACGGCAAAGUAAAAAGGCAUGAAGAGUAUGACUGGUUCAAAACGGUCAUGAACAACUACGUCCGGGGGGGGCGAAAACAUCCCGUCACUGAGGUUGAUGAGACGGAAGACACGACCGACCUCAAACCAACCAGGCCAGAAAAGAAAGAAGUCAAAGACGGAGAAGAGACGCUUCAGUACUACAAGCAAUCCAAAGAGUUUUGUCUGGAACGACAUCUCAAACGCGAGGAGGCUCUGGUCCCGACGGCAAAGCCAGUAAAGAUCUUCAGAAACAAGGGCAAGGGGAAGGAGGGCGCAUCGACCGAGGAACCGGUGUACCUGCGGAAAGACGUGGUCACUGUCAAGAGCGCAGAGACGUGGCACAAGCAAGGCCGCGCCCCUUUGGCCGGCCAGGAGCCGCUGAAGAGGGUACCUUACCGGGCGGCGACGACGAACCGGCGACGAGAAAUUGCCGAGGCAGAGGCGAUCAGCGGUGAGAAGGUCCUGCAGGGGCUGUACAGCUUCGACCAGACCGAUUGGAUCAUCCCGGCGCCCAUCCAGAACGGGAUCAUCCCGAAGAACGAGUAUGGGAACAUCGACCUUUUCGUGGAGCACAUGUGCCCGGAGGGAGCCGUCCAUGUUCCGUUCCGUGGCGUUGUCAAGGUGUGCAAGCGACUGCAGAUCGACUAUGCCGAGGCAGUGGUCGACUUCGAGUUUGGCCACCGGAUGGCUGUGCCCGUGAUCCAGGGCGCGGUCAUUGCCGAGGAAUAUUACGACCGAGUGAUGGAGGAGCUCCGCAAGGACGAGGCCGAGCGAGCCCGGAAAGAAGACGAGAAGAAGAGGAAAGAGGUGCUCCGGCUGUGGAGCAAGUUCAUCAAGGGGCUACGAAUUGUCGAACGCAUCCGACAGGAAUACGGGCAUAUUGAUGACAACGUGGUGGAUGUGCACGUGUUUGGGCGGCGCAGAAUCGACCACACGGCCGCCGGAGUUGAGAAAGCGGAGCAGUCAAAAAGAGGGCAAGACGAGGACGAGGAUAUGGCUGGUGGCUUUCUACCGGACGGACAUGACGAUAAGGAACACGUCUCACCGGAGGAAACCGGGAGCCGGCCAGUUCGCCACACGUCCGGCUUUUUUCCCGACCUCGACGAUGAGGAGGAUGGAGCAGAUGACCUCCUCGUAGACUACGGGGAUCAUGACAAACAUGGUCAUCUGGACGCCGGCGCUGAGGUGGGAAACGAAGAAGAGGGUAGUUCGGGACUUCCGGCGCCGGUUGUCGCCGAGCCACGGCCUCAAAGGAAGGUUCCAGCUGCUGCUGCGAGUCGAGGCUCAAGACGAAGACGGCGAAGACUACCUUUGACGGAGGAUGAGGAUGGUGAGGAAGAUGUUGACGAAGAGGUUGAAUGGGGCGAGGUCUAGAAGGAGGGCGUUCCCAGGCGUGCUUACGGAUAGGUACUUUAGAGGGGAGACAGGAUUCGACGGAUACGUACCAGGAUACAUGCUAUUUCCCCACAUGGCUGGUC